CUGUUUCAGAGCUGGGCAUCUGCAGAGGAUAUUGAUACCACCAUGAAGCUGGGUAUGAACAUGCCCAUGGGUCCUUUGACUUUGGCUGAUUUUAUCGGUCUCGAUACAUGCUUAGCCAUCAUGAAAGUCAUCCAUGAAAACACCGGUGACACAAAAUAUCGACCCAGUGUCUUGUUGCAAAAGUAUGUGGAUGCUGGAUGGCUAGGCAAGAAGUCUGGUCGUGGUUUCUACAGCUACAAAUAAUAGAUCGUGCUGCAGUGAUGAGUUCUCAGUAAUAAAUACCAAUUUGAGGCAUGUCAGUGGGGAGUGGUUUUGAUCGAUGCAACAGAUGGCUGUUCAAGGUAUAUGGACAUUAGCAUUACUGCUUAGCGCCGUCCUUUGUUGCCCGGAGAGUCGACGAUCGAUCACUAGGCUUAUCUUUUACCAAACAACCGGGCUCACCACUUCCAUGUGGGGUUUAAAUUUCAGGGUAGACACCAUCUUGGGAACGGCUAGGAUUGUACGAUGGAAGCUGCUCGUGGCUUACGGCACUUGCGUGCAUCAAACUUAACAGCUGCAGCAGAUCUUACCGCAGUCGUAUCAUAAAUGAUCCGAAGAACUAAACCAAUUCCUGCACUGGCUACAAAUUAAGUGUGUCUGGCUUUGCGCUUCGUGAAAAAUUUGCUAUGGGAUCAUAACCAAAACCCGCUCGCACUUGCACUUUCGAUUUAAACAGUAACAAAAGGGUAUAUCAAGGAUGUGUCUAUUUGAGAUCCGACUUGAGUCCA